AUGCUGAUAAGGUGCGAAAGCAAGUACAUUGUUGAAGUAAACAAUGUACUAAAAGACACCCACCGUAAGCGGAUUCAGGCAACACCAUUUAGAUGGUGUUUGGAGGUGGACAACGCAUUGGAAAUAAAUUGUCCUUUGUUGAGGGAAGUGUUGCGUAGAUGGGUUCCACAAGGGGAAUACAUUCGUGUAGGUCAGCAUUUGGUGGGGUUAUUGGUUUAUGAUGUUUGUAUAUGCCUAGGUCUUAGUAUGGUUGGUAAAUGUGUUGAAUUUGAUGUUGAUGUAAGUGGGGUAGUAGGUUCACUUUUUGAGAAGAAACCAAUCACCUUACGAGACAUAAUUAACAAGAUUAAGAACUUAGUGGUUUGGGCUGCUCGUCGUCUUGGCUUAGAAGAUGUAGAGGGUGAGGUUCAAUUCCCAAGAUUUCUGCGGUGGCCCUCGGUGAAGAUUAGGACACCUAAUUUUGAGUCUACUUUUGAAAAGAAUAAGAUUGGGUUUGGUUGGGCCCUAACUGCAGAGGAGAAGAACAACCCAAUAGAGCAAAAUGUCGUUCAUAUUGAGGACCAAUACAAUGUUCAAAAUGAUGGCAUUCAGGGUGUUUCUCAUUCCAAACAGCAAGUGGAUUUGGAAGAAAAAUUUGAAAAACAUGAACGAAUAAUUCUAGACAUGAAAGAACAGAUAAAAAAGAUGCGUGAUGAAUUUUUUGAUGCUCCUGAACUUGACUCCUAUGCAGGUAAAGGAAAUGAUGUUAAUGAAGAAGAGGGUUGUCCUUCUGAGCAAAGGAAGUGUGAUGAAGGCCAGGGUUGUCCUUCACACUGGAAAGAGAGUCCGCAACCUCAUCAGUGUGAGGAAGAUGACCUGAAUGACAAACCAAAAUCCAACCAUAAUGGAGACGACAAAGCUAUUAAGCCUAACACUGAAGGUCAAAGUAAUACACUAUUUAUAGAUAAGGCUAAAUUGUAUAAGGAUGUGACUGCUGUUGGUUGUGCCAGAACUAUUUAUGUUCAUGUGAAUGGUGAAAUAUUGAGGAGCGAUGAAUGUCCAUGUUUUCGUCCUCGUGGUUGGAUUGAUAACAUGUCUAUAAUGUUUGCAGCCUACGAGUUCAUGUAUAAACAGAAAAGGCUGACCGGGAAGAUUAGCAGGGUUAUAUUCAAUCCUUUCUAUACAAAUGCAGUUAUCCUUGAUUGUAACAAAAGAAAGGUGAAUAAACGUGUCUGGUGUCUAGAUGACUACAGGCAUUACCUGACACGUGAUUUGUUGCUUGCCCCAGUGAUUUAUGCUGAACAUUGGUGGUGUUAUGCUUUUAAUUGUCAAACGAAAGAGUUCUUUGUCUUAGAUUCACUUGCACACAAAUGCCGAAGGCGAAAACAAAUUGAUAGUCACGUGGUACAGAAUGUGGAACACCUUUUUUGGCUCUUAUUAAAUGACAAAAAACAAUUGAAGCCAACAUAUGAAGUCCACAUUGAAGACGUUCCUGAACAGCCAAAUUUGUAA